GCAUGGCUGCCGGACGGUCAUUGCAAGCCGGAACCUGCAGCGAGUGUUGGAGGCCUCUCAAAAGCUGGUGGCAGCCACAGGCCAGCAGUGCCUGCCUCUGUCUGUAGAUGUCAGGCAGCCCCAAACCAUUGUGGCAGCAGUGGAUGAGGCACUGAAAGAGUUCAAGCAGAUUGACAUCCUUGUUAACGGUGCUGCGGGAAACUUUUUGUGCCCAGCCAGCGCCCUGUCCUUCAAUGCCUUCAAGACAGUGAUAGAUAUUGACACCAUUGGCACCUUCAACACCUCCAAAGUCCUCUUUGAGAAAUAUUUCCGGGACCAUGGUGGCGUCAUCGUUAACAUUACUGCAACCCUGAGCUACCGAGGGCAGGCCCUCCAGGUGCAUGCUGGUACUGCUAAGGCUGCGAUAGAUGCCAUGACCCGUCACCUUGCUGUGGAGUGGGGACCCAACAACAUCCGAGUGAACAGCUUGGCACCGGGCCCCAUUACAGGCACCGAGGGCUACCGGCGGCUGGGUGGAAAAUUUGCUGAGGAAGCAAGCCAGUUCGACAUGAUCCCCCUCCAGCGUGCAGGGAACAAGACGGAGAUUGCCCACAGCACGCUGUACCUGGCGAGCCCCCUCUCCUCCUACGUGACGGGCACCACCCUGGUCGUGGAUGGUGGGAGCUGGCUGACCUCUGCCAACAACUUCCCUGCCUUGCUGGAUUUCUGGGCUGCAGGAGCAAACAAAAAUCAGUGA